GGUACUUUGGUUAGUACUGACACCGAACUCUUUCGAAGAAACACGCAAAUAUGACGAUUUUUGCUUCCACAUUAUUUACAAUGGUGUUUUUCAUUUUUACAAAUUUAUUAUCUUGUUUUCCACUAGAGGAAAGCGAUAAUAGUGUGGAUAAUUACGCUAUACAACUACCAAUCUUCGGGGAAAAUGCAUACAGAGAACCUGAUCCGGAAGCUGGAAAAAGAUUAGAAUCUUGGAACGUAACAAGCGAACAAAAUCCAGAGGAGUAUGAAAUGUAUCUGGAAGGAGAUAUCCUUAUUCCAGCCAAGUCCAGAAACGGUUUGGUGAGUGAGGCGUUCCGUUGGAAAAAUGGGGUAAUACCAUAUGAAAUAUCUGGCGACUUCCCAUCAGAUGGUUUGAACAUGAUUACGAGAGCGAUGAAUCUGUAUAAAAAAUACACCUGCGUCAGUUUCAGACCUAAAGUAUCAACUGACGAAGACUACAUCUCUAUAACGAAUGAUCGCACAGGAUGUUGGUCUAGUGUUGGUAGGAUCGGUGGACGACAACUUUUGAAUCUCCAAAGUCCCUCGUGCACAACAAAAAUUGGAACCCCUGUACAUGAGCUAAUGCAUGCUGCUGGUUUUUUGCAUGAACAAAAUCGAUAUGAAAGAGACGACUAUGUAACAAUUGUUUGGGGAAAUAUUAAAAGCGGUCAUGAAGGGAAUUUUAAUAAAGCUGAGAAGGGUACCGCACAAGGCUACGGAAUACCUUAUGAUUUCAGAUCAGUUAUGCAUUAUUCCAAUACAGCAUUUUCUAUUAAUGGACGACCAACUAUUGAACCAAAGGAUCCGAAAAAAGUUGAAAAGAUGGGUCAAAGAGAUGGUUUUAGUAAAGGUGACAUAACGAAAAUUAACGCUAUGUACAACUGCCCAGAAAAAACAGCUCAAGUUACAGUGAAUCGCCCAAGUGCAAAUGUGGAAAAUAAUAAUUCAAAAGAGGAAACCAAUCCACUCCUUCAGGCAGCAAACGGUUUAUUAGCAUUAUUCAUAAACAAAAAAUAAGUAUGAAUUAUGUAUUUCGAAUAUUUAUUUAUUUA